AUGGAGAGCCAAUCCACAGGAACACAGUGCAGAACUCUGGUGUUUGCUAUGUCAAGGUACAACAUGAGAGCUGGUAUACCCACUGCCUUUCGAUCUUAUCCUGCUGUCGUUAAUGAAGGUCCAAGAUGCGCUAUAUGGGAGGCCCUCUGUGCGACCAUGGCACACCCGGAUCUGUUCAAAAGCUUUGACAUUGGUAGUCCAUCGCUGAAGCAGUCGUUCGUUGACGCAGGGCUUGGAUGCAAUAAUCCUCUUGCUCAUGUACUAAUCGAGGCAAAGAUGGUAUACCCAGAACGACAUGUAUCCUCUGUAACGAGUAUUGGUACUGGCCUUGCGCGCACGAUCCAAGUCCCCGAUAGGUCCAUGCUGUGUCAGCUACUACCCACGACUGCGAUACAAGCAAUGAAAGACAUCGCAGAGGAUGCAGAAAAAGUGGCAGAGGACAUGGCUAGGCGAUUCAGCUCGACGAGCGGGAUAUACUUUCGACUCAGUGUAGACCAAGGAAUGCAGAUUGUUAAGAUGAAUAAAUGGGACCAGCGAAGCGAGGUGGCAGAGCAUACACGCGCAUAUAUGAGGAUGCUAGAAGUUAAACAAGUAAUGGACAAGGCUACGGAGGCAAUUCGUCUACGGAAAGAAGCUGCUCCCACAGCUCGGAUCGGUAUAGUGCUACCUACAUUUUACCAUACUCUCCAACCACUUCAUUCACAGAUGGCGAAAUUUGGAUCGCAGCAGUCGAUGCUACUCCAGCGAUACAGCGGUGCCAGCACCGACACCCAUUUCACAGGCUGCGAGCCAAAGCUACGCCGCGCCGAGUUGUCUAUUCUCGGGUCCGAAAGGGAGCGUAAAGUUUGCGUUGUGUAUGGAAUCGGAGGCGCAGGCACGCAGCUCGUCCUCAAGGUCGUCGAGCGAACAUACGACAGCUGGAAAGAGGUCAUAUACAUCGACGCAAGCACCCGGCAAUCGAUUGAGACCAUGCUAAAGGCCGUAGCAGUAGCCAAUGGUAUUGGAGCUUGGUUACUUGCACUUGCUAUUGUACAUGCCGGAUCGUUUAUUGGAGUCUCUAUGUCGAUCACUGAGUACCGAUCCCUGUUCAUCGAGCAACGACAGGAAGCACUGGAAGCGUACAGCCAACUCUCAGCGGUAGUCAAGACCGACAACUAUGGGCAUACUGUAUAUACGACCUGGCUAAUGUGCUACAAUGUACUCAGCCCACGAGCUCAACAGCUACUCUCGCUGAUCUCAUUCCUACACCAUACCGGGAUUACGAUUAACAUAUUCAGGAGAGCAGCGAGCUAUAUCACGUCUUACAGGCCCAGAUUCCCCACCACAGAACUCGAAAAUAUGGCACAAAGGAAGCUAGAGGACCUGUUAGGCACGUUCCUGGGUACAGAUAAACAUUGGAAUGGACUUUCAUUCUCGGGAGUUCUCAACGAGAUUUUAUCGCGCUCGCUGCUUGAAUAUGAGGACGUAAACCAAGGGUAUCGAAUCCACCCACUCGUACAGGACUGGGUCCGUACGGUUGCCCCGUAUAAGGAUAUGACAGCAGAAUGUGCCAGAAGUCUACUCGCUAUGUCGGCUGCGAGUUGUGUGGAUGAGAGUCUAGAAUCAAUUCAGUUUCUUAUGAGCGUUGGGCUUCAUGUCAGUGGAGUGCUUCCAGAACAAACCGAGAAGAUUGGGACAGAUCAAGCGUUAGUAUUUUCUAGGGUUUACGAAAAAAGGGGGCAAUGGAAGGAGGCAGAGAGGCUACAUGUUUACGUUCAAGAAAGCCUUAAGCAAGUGCUAGGCAAUGAGCAUCCGGAUACACUGGCAAGCAUACACAGACUCGCACAAAGCUACUUGUCCCUUGGCCGCGAGUGCUGGGUAACAACCACCCGCGCACUAGCAAGCAUGCACGAGCUCGCAGGAAGCUACUCGUCCCUUGGUCGAUACGAGGACGCACGAGCUCUGUUCGCUCAGUUGGUCGACACAACGAAGCGAGUGCUGGGUAACGACCACCCGGAUACACUGGCAAGCAUGCACGAGCUCGCAGGAAGCUACUCGUCCCUUGGUCGAUACGAGGACGCACGAGCUCUGUUCGCUCAGUUGGUCGACACAACGAAGCGAGUACUGGGUAACGACCACCCGGAUACACUGGCAAGCAUGCACGAGCUCGCAGGAAGCUACUCGUCCCUUGGCCGGUACGAGGACGCACGAGCUCUGUUCGCUCAGGUAGUCGACACAAAGAAGCGAGUGCUGGGUAACGACCACCCGCGUACACUAGCAAGCAUGCACGAGCUCGCAGGAAGCUACUCGUCCCUUGGUCGAUACGAGGACGCACGAGCUCUGUUCGCUCAGUUGGUCGACACAACGAAGCGAGUGCUGGGUAACGACCACCCGGAUACACUGGCAAGCAUGCACGAGCUCGCACGAAGCUACUCGUCCCUUGGUCGAUACGAGGACGCACGAGCUCUGUUCGCUCAGGUAGUCGACACAACGAAGCGAGUACUGGGUAACGACCACCCGGAUACACUGACGAGUAUGCACGCGCUCGCACAAAGCUACUCGUCCCUUGGUCGAUACGAGGACGCACGAGCUCUGUUCGCUCAGGUAGUCGACACAAAGAAGCGAGUACUGGGUAACGACCACCCGGAUACACUGGCAAGCAUGCACGAGCUCGCAGGAAGCUACUCGUCCCUUGGUCGAUACGAGGACGCACGAGCUCUGUUCGCUCAGGUAGUCGACACAAAGAAGCAAGUGCUGGGUAACGACCACCCGGAUACACUGGCAAGCAUGCACGAGCUCGCACGAAGCUACUCGUCCCUUGGUCGAUACGAGGACGCACGAGCUCUGUUCGCUCAGGUAGUCGACACAAAGAAGCAAGUGCUGGGUAACGACCACCCGGAUACACUGGCAAGCAUGCACGAGCUCGCAGGAAGCUACUCGUCCCUUGGUCGAUACAAGGACGCACGAGCUCUGUUCGCUCAGGUAGUCGACACAACGAAGCGAGUACUGGGUAACGACCACCCGGAUACACUGAUAAGCAUGCACGAGCUCGCAGGAAGCUACUCGUCCCUUGGUCGAUACGAGGACGCACGAGCUCUGUUCGCUCAGGUAGUCGACACAAAGAAGCGAGUGCUGGGUAAUGACCAUCCCGAAACACUCAAGAGCAUCCACGACAUUGCAGACGUCUAUUUACACCUUGGGCUUACACAGGAAGCACGAAACCUACAAAUCAAUCUUGACGACUAUAUCCGGGUAUUUGGCGAGAAUCAUCCAUGGGUUAAUCACGCUAGGGGGCUGAUCACAAGAAUCCAAACCCACCGAGAGUGUGCUGGUAACCCUUCUGAUAGGUUGGAGACUUGGACAUCACUAGCUCUCAUCGUGAAAAUUCUACCACGAUAUAUCCUAUUUCAUCGACUACGCCUGUCCUUUGGUGUCAUGACGGUCAACCACCACCCCCUUCGAGUUCUAAAGUGCGAUCCUUCUUUAGUCAAUUUCGACUCUCCAUCUCCCUCGACCUCUAGACAUGUCAUAAACGACACCGAAACCCGUACCGCUAUCAAAGCUGCAGCUGAAGAGCUACUUCAAGGCCAAGUAGUAGUCUUUCCAACAGAAACGGUCUACGGUCUAGGAGCAAGCGCUCUCGACGUCACAGCAGUUCAGCGGAUAUUCAGUGCUAAAGGACGUCCAUCAGACAACCCUCUAAUCGUACACGUCUCCGACUUGCAAAUGCUAUAUACAUUACUUCCUUCGGGAUUUAUUCUCCCCAAGACCUACGAACGAAUGAUUCAUGCGUUUUGGCCUGGUCCUUUGACCUUGAUCUUCCCUGCGGAUCCAGCUGUUGUACCGCCGAUCACCACAGCUGGGCAUCCGACUGUUGCGAUACGCAUGCCGUCACAUCCGAUCGCUCGGGCGCUGAUUGCAACGUCUCAAGCGCCCCUCGCAGCACCAAGCGCAAACACCAGCGGAUCUCCUAGUCCUACUCGGGCGAUUCAUGUAGAGCGGGACCUUGGAGCUCGGGGAAAGGUUGGAAUUAUUUUGGACGGCGGGCCGUGCGAUGUGGGGCUCGAAUCGACGGUUGUAGAUGGUCUCGGAGCCGAUGGCCAUUUACGAAUACUGCGUCCUGGAGGAGUGACGGUCGAGCAGAUCGAACGGGUUGUGGGUCCUGAGACUAGAGUGCUAGUCCAUCAGAGGGAUUAUGCGGACAAGACGCUCGAAAAUGCCCCGACUACACCUGGGAUGAAGUACCGACAUUAUUCUCCCGGGGUUCCGGUUGUGUUGCUCGUCCCGGUUCCACAAGGCGAGAAGUCGCGAAUGGGAGAAGAGCUCCAGACGGUGAUCGAUUCGUUUAUGUCCGGUGCGACGUCCGGGCCACGUAAGAUUGGCUUACUCUUGCUCGAUGACUCACCGUUGCGGGGAGCUAUCGGUGCCCUUGACAGACCGCCUACGCAUACAUUCAUACGCCACUCGUUGGGAUCUAUCCAUCAACCUGCUCAAGCAGCACGCAAUCUCUUCCAUGGGUUGAUUACACUUGAACAAGACGGGGCAGAUACGAUCUUUGUCGAAGCAGUUGACGAAACCAAGGAGGGCUUGGCCGUGAUGAACCGCGUUCGAAAGGCAGCGUUACAUACUCGCGAGAUUCGAUUGUAG